AUGUGUGUUGUCUUGGAAACCCGGUUGGCGGGACAGAGCCUACAGAAGGCUAGGAGAGCGGUACCGAGGUCAUGGGGAUUCUACUCCGUGGAGUCUCAAGGGCUAUCUGGUGGUAUUAUAGUUACAUGGGCGCAGGGGCCAUGUAAAGUGGACGUCUUCCAUGUCUGUUCCCAGGAGGUGAUUUUGGUUAUCUCAGAGGGCAGUUGGAGGCCUUGGGUAUUUGCUGCGGUGUAUGCCAGUACUGACUUCAGGAUGCGGCGGAUAUUGUGGGAGGAGUUGUCUCAGCUGAUUAGUGUGGGUUAUCCUAUGUUGGUAGCAGGAGAUUUUAACUGUAUUACAAAUCCCUCUGAAAAGAUGGGGGGUAGACCGUUUACUUAUGAGAGGAAGAUUUUGGAGUUUCAGGACUUUCUGACAUCGACUGGAUUGAUUGACCUGGGAUUUGUGGGCCCCAGGUACACUUGGUGCAAUAAUCAGCAGGGUCGGGCUAGAGUGUGGGAGCGUCUUGACAGAGCAUAUGGGACCGUUGGAUGGGUUCAGCACUAUCCGGAACAUCGGGUGAGCCAUCUACCUAGGAUAGCGUCUGAUCAUUGUCCUCUAUUGGUUAGCACAGAUGUACACAUUCCAGUUCGACCCCCAUUCAGAUUUGAGAAGAUGUGGCUCUGCUAUCCGCGGUCGUGGGGGAUGGUGAGGGAGGCUUGGAGAACACCAGUCAGGGGUGACGCUAUGUACCGGGUGUCCCGGAGAUUGGAGCUGACGAGGAGACGGUUGAGGAGGUGGAAUCGUGAGGAGGUUGGAGAUAUUUUCAGGAGGAUCGAGGAGGCAGAGGAGGCUAUUACCAGGUUACAGAUGCAGGAGGCUUCGGGUGGGGGUCUUACGGAGGGGGAGAUGGUAGAGUUGAGAUCACUUUUGUCACUGCAUGACUGCCUCCUUAGACAGCAGGAGAUUUUCUGGAGACAGAAAUCGAGAGCCCAGUGGAUUGUGGAGGGGGAUAGAAAUACCAGGUUCUUUCACCAGGCGACAGUUAUCAGGAGGCAGCAGAAUAGGAUCAGAGCCAUCAGGGGCGAGGAUGGGCAGUUGUCAGAGGAUCCGGAUAUGAUUCAGAGGAUCUUGGGUAGUUUUUUCAGGGCCAGGUGGACCGAGCAGACUACAGGGGAGAGCACUGUGGGUAUCCCACUGCCUUCGAUAGGGGUAUCUGAGGAUGAGACUGAUGCACUGAUUAGUCCGGUCUCGGAGAGGGAGAUCAGAGAGACGAUGUGGUCUCUAGAGGGGGAUAAGGCCCCGGGCCGGAUGGGUUUCCUCCGGUGUUUUUUCAGAGAUACUGGAUGA